AUGUCAAUUGUCUCUAUGAGAGUUUGGGUAAUUCUGUUCCUGCUCUGUUCUUGUGGGGAACAGGGCCUGGGUUUUUUUUUUUUUUUUUUUAUAAUUUUUUCUCGAAUCCUCAGAAACCUUCUUCACUCUUUCCAUUUCCAUUCCACUAACUCCAGUGGCAGGAGCUCAUCAAUUGAUCCAAACUACAACUACAACUACAAUACUCUCGAUGAUAACCGGGUUCCUGCCACUGUCAUCACUGGUUUUCUCGGUUCCGGCAAGACAACUCUCCUCAAUCAUAUACUUUCAUCUCAACACGGCAAGCGGAUUGCCGUCAUAGAAAACGAGUUUGGUGAAGUGGAUAUUGAUGGAUCAUUGGUUGCUAGUCAUUCCUCUGUAUCUGAAGACAUUAUCGUGGUUAAUAAUGGUUGCCUAUGCUGUACUGUGCGAGGAGAUCUUGUUAAAAUGCUUUUGAAGUUAGUUAAGGAAAAACAGGACAAAUUUGAUCAUAUUGUUAUAGAAACAACAGGCCUUGCUAAGCCAGCUCCUGUUAUAGAAACAUUCUGUAGCGAUGAACUGGUUUCACGUUAUUUGAAACUAGAUGGAGUUGUUACUUUGGUUGACUCAAAGCAUGCCAUGCAACACUUGAAUGAAGUCAAACCAAGAUUUGUGGUGAAUGAGGCAGUAGAGCAAGUUGCCUAUGCUGACCGUAUUAUUUUCAACAAGAUAGAUUUAGUCAGCGAGGCUGAGUUGGAGGUACUGACUAAGAAAAUCAAGCAUAUCAAUGGGCUUGCACAAAUUAAGCUAGCUAAAUUUGGAUCUGUUGACAUGGACUUUGUUUUGGGAGUGGGAGGAUAUGAUCUUGAAAGAUUUGACUCUGAAGCUCACCUAGAUAGUUCCUGUUCUGUGACUCAUCAACAUGAAGCCGGACAUGGACACCACACAGGGCAUCACCACGAUCAUGCUCAUGAUUCUGCCGUCUCUAGUGUCAGUAUAGUUUCUGAAGGAACUCUUGAUCUUGAUGAGUUUGAUGAUUGGCUUGAAAGACUGAUUGAAGAAAAAGGAGAGGACUUGUACAGAAUGAAGGGGAUUUUAUCUGUUAGUGAUUCUGACCAACGUUAUGUUUUUCAGGGGGUGCAUUCUACAUUGGAUGGCUGCCCAGGCAAAACCUGGGGACCCAAUGAGAAGAGGAUUAACAAACUCGUGUUCAUAGGAAGAAAUUUGGAUGAAUUUUCCCUAAGAAAGGGUUUUAAAGGUUGUCUAGCAUAAGCUAUUGGUAUAUGCCAAAUAAUUAAACAGUGGAUAGAUGCUGGAACACAAAACAAAAUGAGGCUUUAAAGAAUCACAAAUGCAUAAAUACAUGGUCUCUGAUGACGAAAUGAUUCAUGAGA